AUGGCGCCGGGCGGCGGGCGGCGGCGCGGCGGCGGGGGGGGCCCCGGCGGGGCCGGGGGGGGAUCCCCGUCGUCUCCUCCGUUGCUGCCGCCGCUGCUGCUGCUGCUGGCGCUGCCCGGCGGGGCGGUGCCGUCGGGGGACAGCGUGAUCCUGGGCAUGCGGCUGGAGGAGAGCACGAAGCCGGCGGCGGGGGCUCCGGUCCGCGGGCCCAUCCGUGUGACGGAGGGUAGCGAGGUGCUGCUCCGCCUCUACGGGCUGGGGCUGGGCCCUCGCACCGGCGAACGGGUGGCCUUCGCCGAACUGCGACCCGCCGCCAACGCUUCGGUUCCCAACGGCACCUGCCCCGAGCGCUCCCAGGACCUGCUGGUGCAGCCCGGCCUGGCCGAGGCCCGCGACACCUCGGCCCUGCUGCGGGUCCGCGUCCAGCCCCUGCGCAAGGACGAGCAGGCCAAGACCUACGUCCUCUGCACCCAACGGCGCCCCGGCCAACCCUGGUUGCCCCACCAAGGCCCCGACGGACGUAUCGUGGUGCUGGAGGAGAAGAAGUCGCUGUUGCCGCUUUGGCUGCAGGUCAUCCUCAUCAGCGGGCUGCUGGUGCUGUCGGGGAUGUUCAGCGGGCUCAACCUGGGCCUCAUGGCGCUGGAUCCCAUGGAGCUGCGCAUCGUGCAGAACUGCGGCACCGAUAAGGAGAAGCGUUACGCCCGGAAGAUCGAGCCCAUCCGCCGUAAGGGGAACUAUUUGCUCUGUUCCCUGCUGCUGGGUAACGUGCUGGUGAACACCACCCUCACCAUCCUCCUCGAUGACCUCAUCGGCUCCGGCAUCGGCGCCGUCGUCGCUUCCACCAUCGGCAUCGUCAUCUUCGGGGAGAUCGUGCCCCAGGCGCUCUGCUCCCGCCACGGCCUGGCCGUGGGCGCCAACACCAUCGUGGUCACCAAGUUCUUCAUGCUGGUGACGUUCCCCCUCUCCUACCCCAUCAGCAAGCUCCUCGACUGCAUCCUGGGCCAGGAGAUCGGCACCGUCUACAACCGGGAGAAGCUGGUGGAGAUGCUGAAGGUGACGGAACCCUACAACGACCUGGUGAGGGAAGAGCUCAACAUGAUCCAGGGAGCCCUGGAGCUCCGCACCAAGACGGUGGAAGACGUGAUGACCCCGCUGCAGAACUGCUUCAUGAUCAACAGCGACGCCAUCCUGGACUUCAACACCAUGUCGGAGAUCAUGGAGAGCGGCUACACCCGCAUCCCCGUCUACGAGGACGAGCGUUCCAACAUCAUGGACAUCCUCUACGUCAAGGAUCUGGCUUUCGUCGACCCCGACGACUGCACCCCCCUCAAAACCAUCACCAAAUUCUACAACCACCCCGUCCACGUCGUCUUCCACGACACCAAGCUGGACGCCAUGCUGGAGGAGUUCAAAAAGGGGAAAUCCCACCUGGCCAUCGUGCAGAAGGUGAACAACGAGGGCGAGGGAGAUCCCUUCUAUGAGGUGCUGGGGCUGGUGACGCUGGAGGACGUCAUCGAGGAGAUCAUCAAGUCGGAGAUCCUGGACGAGUCGGAUAUGUACACCGACAACCGCAGCAAGAAGCGGGUGGGCAACCAGAAGAACAAGCGAGACUUCUCGGCCUUCAAAGACCCCGUCAACGAGCUGAAGGUGAAGGUCUCCCCGCAGCUGCUCCUGGCUGCUCACCGCUUCCUCUCCACGGAGGUGACGCUCUUCACCCCCAACUUCAUCUCGGAGAAGAUCCUGCUGCGGCUCCUCAAAUACUCCGACGUCAUCCAGGAGCUGAAGUUCGAUGAAGAGAACAAGAAAUCCCCGCGCCACUUCCUCUACUGCAAGAACAAGGCAGCCGACUACUUCAUCCUCAUCCUGCAGGGCAAGGUGGAGGUGGAGGCCGGCAAGGAAUGCAUGAAGUUUGAAGCGGGAGCUUUCUCCUAUUAUGGGGUGAUGGCCCUCAGCCCCUCUCCUGUAUCUGAGAUCCGCUCCCCGUCCCACGUCAGCAGCCUGAACCGCUCGGCCUCCCUCAGCUACCACGAACGCUCCGACUCCGUCUCGUCCCCUGUCAGCGGCAGCAACAACCAGCUCAACGCCGGCACCGGCACCCAGUACGUGGCCGACUUCAGCGUCCGCGCUCUCACCGACCUCCAGUUCGUCAAGAUCACGCGGCAGGAAUACCAGAACGGCCUGACGGCCUCCCGCAUGGACAGUUGUCCCCAGUCCCCCGACAGCAACGCCCCCAAACCAGACGCCGGUUUACCGGAGAAAACGGAACCUUCCGCCACCGCCGACGAGACCACCAGUCUCCUGAACGAGAGGAACUGCCUGAGCCGCCGGAGCAACCACAGCCCCCUGGAAAACUCCAUCUGACCCCGGCCCCGCCGGCACGCGCCGGGAGGGACCUCGCGUGCCCGUUUUAGGGACCCUUUCCCCGGUAGGAAAAGCUCGGCGUCUCCUC